AUGGCGAUCUGCAUUCAUCCGUGGACCAGGGAAGCGGCGAUUCUGCCCCACCUCCUCGACGACGUCUUCAGCGAGAUCGAUGACGCUUUCAACGACCUCGUUCCGCAUGAGCGACCAUUUCGUUGUCACAGAAGAAAAAGAGAGAAGAAAGCGCUGACGGGACAAUUGGGCAAGGUUACCGAUGACGGGUCAAAGCUGGCGAUUUCACUGGAUGUGUCGAAAUUCAAGCCAGAUGAACUGAAGGUGAACAUCGAUGGCCGAACUCUAACUAUUGAAGGCAAGCAAGAAAUCACUGAAGGUUCAAAUUACACCAGCAGGUCAUUCCUUCGUCGAUGGACUCUUCCAGAAGAUGUUGACGUCGAGCAGAUCCGAUCCACCCUAUCUGAAAACGGUCAGCUGGCCAUUGAGGUGCCCAAGCCGAAACCUGCCAUCACUGCCAGAAAUAUCCCGAUCCUAAAGGCUGUGAAUUGA